AUGCACCCAGGCUGUGUAUGGACAACUUCACCCAUUACUUUUAACUAUUUUAACUCAGGGAAAAGUGACCCCCCUGGGCCCUGGUAUGAAGGUGCACCAUCAUCAGAUGAGGAGUUAAGCGGAGGGGACUUGGAUAUACAUGAAGCUCAACCAAGUGGUGAAGACCGACAGGUUAAAGAUAAACUUCUCCGUAGGUUUGGAAGUCAUAUUGGUACGCUGAAGAUGGAGUUCUCAAAGAAGAAAAAGAAGGGAAAGCUACCAAAGGAAGCUAGGCAAACCCUACUUGGAUGGUGGAAUGUUCACUAUAAAUGGCCAUAUCCAACUGUGCAUGUUUCAUUAGCUGCUGGUUGCUAUGUAUUCUAUGAAUUUGUGCAGGCAGGAUUUAAGUUAUACCCAAAGUUAAACGCUGGUAAGAAUAAUAAUUUUUCUUGCUUAAUCAUCCAGGAAGCUGAUAAGAUAGCAUUGGCUGAAUCAACGGGACUAGAUCAGAAGCAAAUUAACAAUUGGUUUAUAAAUCAACGUAAGCGCCACUGGAAACCUUCCGAGAACCUGCAAUUUGCUGUUACGGAUAAUCUUUCUGGGCAGUUCUAUACGGAAGAUGACUAA